AUGUCAAGGAAGAUGCCCAAGGUCAAGUUGACGAAGAAGCACUCCCAAGAUGUGGCGAAGGCAUACUUGGCUUUCAUGAAGUAUCUACGGGAGGUGCAUGGUGUCAGUGCAGCGCAGCAGGCCAAAAACUUCUGCUUGCGUCAUGACCGAUGGGGUCUUGGAGAGUCAGCAAGUUUGUUGGCUUCCAGACAAAGAGAGCAUGGGGGAGGAGGCAAGUCAAACUACGGGCAGCGGUAUGGUGCCAGGCCAAGUGGAAGAACAGGUCAACAGACGAGCGGACAAAGGUAUCGACAAGAAUACGAUGAUGGCGAGGACGUUGCCUACGAAUAUGGAUAUGCUCAUGAUCAUCAACGAUAUGAGGAUGACCAAAGACUCACGCAGGAUGAUGAUGAUAGAAGAGACUUCGAGAACGAGCCCUCGUUUGAUGAGGAAGAUGACUAUGACGAAGGCUACGAAGAACGGCCCGCUGUACGAGGCAAGCAACUAGUAAAGAACUACGACGAAGACCUUGAGGACGAUUCUUACUACCCCGAUGGUCAGCAGCAAACUGCGAGGUACCGCCCGGGUCCAUCACAUCCGGAGUCAAUAGAGCGAUAUACUGCCCGUGGUGGAAACCGGGGUAGAGGCACCGGUCCAGGACAACAAACAUCAAGGAGAGGGGGUCACGUUGCCAAGAAACGGGUUGUGCCAGGGGGAUAUAGAAAGGCACCUCACGCCUUGCGUUCAGUCUCUCCCAAUAUCGCCGACUGA